GCCCUUUGAGGGUGACCAAACUGCUGAUGCGGCCCCCGAUGAAUUUGAGUUUGACACCCCUGCUCUAGACCAUGUGUUAACAAACUGGUCCAUGGAACAAAAAUGUCCACAGGCAUCAUUCAGGUGCUCAGCAGUGUAGUUUUAAUUCAGAGUGCAUCAAUAGAAAUUAAUGAGCAUGACUAACUUAGAUCCAUUGAUUUCAGUGGACCUACUCUGAGUAAAAUUUAGUUGGAUACAACUCUGGAUCUCAACUAUCAAACAUCAGGGUAAAGCGAUGCGUCCUCAGCAUGCAAAGGAAACUAUGCAGCAAAGGUGCCAGCUGUACUUCGGUGGGGAGCUAGUUCCACAGGUGUGCCCUCUCUGUGGCUGGGCUGCCACUUCCUGAACUUUUGAAGGUGGCAGAACCACCAAGAGGGAGGCCUCUGCUGAUCUUAACACACACCCCGCCCCCCAAAAAAAUAAUUCUGUAGGGAUGGAGAUAGUCUCUCAGGUCUUUUCCUGCCUCUAGUGCGCAAAAUGUAACUUGAAAAAAAUAUAACAUCGGACUCUUUCAAAUCUAGAAGCUAAAUUAAUGAGGUAAUGCUAUGGUAUGUUGUUUGUGGCAAACCUCAUUCUAAGAAAAAAUGCAAUUUCCACAUUGAAUGUGGAGAUUAUAAACCGCUUGUCUAAAUUCAUCAGCUUUUAUUUUGGCAACCUUUUUUUAAGUGAAGGUUACAUUACUUGGAUUAAUAUGCACGAACAAAUCUCAGUACCAACAGAUGGCAGCCUGUUACCCAUAACCCUGUACAUGCCAGCAUUACUGCUUCUGAGAAAAAAAGCUGGUGGUGUUGACGCUUUAGUCUGAUUUUAAAAUGAAAUUAUUUCUUUCAGGAUUUGUGUGCAUGUUCUCAUGUGUUUUCUUUCAAAGCAUUCUCAAAUCAGCCUUAGCAUCUGGUGGUGUUCCUCCCCUACCGCCUUCUUGCAUUUCUGUUUUCUUGUAGAGGUGUCAUUUUACCUUCUCAAGAAACACCAUUUUCCAGGGAGAUUCCUUUUUCAUUGGCGUGGACGCAUUGUUUUUGCACAUUAGCAAGCUGCGCUGCCUUGUCAGUCAAUGCAUUCCAACCAGUUUAAGACCAAUAGAGCUGCUGAACUUCUGUGUGAUUGGCUACAGUAGACUGGGAGGGAUUUUGCUGGAAGGAAGGGCUGCAGUUGUUCACCAACAGAGUUCGGGCUGCCUUUGCUUCAUCAUCGAAAAGGAAAAUCCCCAGAUAAAGCGUACGGCUUCCAGAGAGGCGGGAGAAAAUAAGCAGCGGUCCAUGCAUUGUAAGUGCCUUUCUGAAGUCACUCGUACAAGAAACAAUUCAUCUGCUUUUUUUCAAAACGAUUUGUCUGCCAGCUCUUACCUUAUGUGUCAUCUGCAGCAGUUUGCCAGCCACUUGAUGCAAAACUGACUCCUGCAUUUACAGAGCAUGAAAACUGCUGAAUGUGUAGCUCUUUCCGUGUAAUCAAUGCCAACAAAGAGGACACAGUGGGCUAAAAUGUUGUUGAGGAAUGCCAUUGCAUGAAAAUAAAACUUUAACAAAACAGUGUCAACAGAACCAUCGAGGGACUCACAUUUUCUACAGCCAGAAAUGCUACCGAGCAUGAAUAUUUUCCAGCCAAAAGUCUACAAGUGGCACAUAUUGAUUGAUGAUUGACAUGCUUGCUGAUAAAUAGUUGUCUCAUUCAGAUUCGUGCUCAUUGGACUCUCUGAAGCAUUUAUUACAUCAUUGCUGCUAGGAGCUAUCUACAUUGAAAGGGUUUCGCUGAGUUGUUGGAAUUCAUAACUCGAGGUGAUUUCAUUAACAGCAACUCUCAAAAUCUAAAUCAAUUGUACAUCAUGGCUUUGAAUGUUGCUCCUGUCAGAGAUACAAAAUGGCUGACAUUAGAAGUGUGCAGGCAGUUUCAGAGAGGAACUUGUUCACGCUCGGAUGAGGAAUGUAAAUUUGCACAUCCACCCAAAAGCUGCCAGGUUGAAAACGGAAGAGUUAUUGCCUGCUUCGAUUCUCUAAAGAGCCGUUGCACAAGGGAGAACUGCAAAUAUCUCCAUCCACCAACACAUUUGAAAACUCAGCUAGAAAUUAAUGGCAGGAACAACCUGAUCCAACAGAAAACUGCCGCAGCAAUGCUUGCACAGCAGAUGCAAUUUAUGUUUCCAGGAACGCCUCUUCAGCCAAUGCACUCAUUUCCUGUAGGGCCAACAAUAGGAUCCAACACAGCACUUAGCUUUGCACCAUAUUUAACACCCGUCACUCCUGGGGUUGGAUUAGUUCCUACUGAAAUUGUCCCCACACAGCCUGUCAUUGUUCCUGGAAGCCCCCCUGUCUCAGUCCCUGGUUCAACCACGACACAGAAACUCCUCAGGACUGAUAAGCUAGAGGUUUGCAGGGAGUUCCAGCGAGGAAACUGUGCACGGGGCGAAACUGACUGCCGCUUUGCACAUCCUGCAGACAGCACAAUGAUUGAUACAAAUGACAACACCGUAACUGUUUGUAUGGAUUACAUAAAGGGGCGCUGCAUGAGGGAGAAAUGCAAAUAUUUUCACCCUCCUGCUCACUUGCAGGCCAAAAUCAAAGCUGCUCAGCACCAAGCCAGCCAGGCUGCGGUGGCUGCUCAGGCAGCUGCUGCGGCUGCUACAGUGAUGACUCAGUCGACUGCCAAAGCAAUGAAGCGACCUCUCGAAACAACUGUAGACCUGGCCUUUCCUCCUGGUGUUCUUCACACUUUACCAAAGAGGCAAGCACUUGAGAAAAGCAAUGGGGCCAGUGCUGUUUUUAAUCCCAGUUUCUUGCACUACCAACAGGCUCUUGCUAGUGCACAGUUGCAACAACAUGCAGCAUUUAUUCCAACAGGGUCAGUUUUGUGCAUGACACCCGCUACCAGUAUUGUACCCAUGAUGCACAGCGCUACGUCCGCCACUGUCUCUGCAGCAACAACUCCUGCAACAAGUGUCCCCUUCGCCGCAACAGCCACAGCCAAUCAGAUAAUCCUGAAAUAGUCAACAGGAAUGGGAUGGAAUGUCAAGAGGCCUCGAUGAGGACAGCAAAGCAUUGUUACUGUACAUACUACCCUGUCUCUUCAAUAGAAUUGCCACAAACUGCAUGCUGAGUAAAGAGUUUGUUCGUCUGGACAAAUCACAAAAACACUAAAGAGCUAGUGCUGCUAUAUCAUAAAAUGAAUAUUAAAUAUGGUAUGCUUAGUAUAUUCCAAACUAAUCUAGUUAACUAUCUGAUGCCAGCUGUGAUGGUUCAAGACUUAAAAAAAAAGGGUAACAUUUUACUUUUAAAGGUUUUAUACAGCACCGUUUACUUCUUAGAAAUAUCGUCUUACCGCCAUGAUUAUAGCUAAUGUAAGUAGUUCCUAUUCAUAUAUUAUUGUAGGGUUCACAACUUUAUGAAUCUUUCAAUGUUAGCAAUAAAUGAUUUACAUUGGCCACUAAGCCCAAGGUCCAGAGAACCACCUAACGAGCUCCAUGUGGGCGAGGGCCCUGGCCACUUCGCGGGGCAAACUGCUUCGGAAAUUGUGGAGGGUUCCCAAAGCUGUAGGUGAGCGACAAGGGGGGUUCUCCUGCUCAAAGGAAGUGGGGGGAAAUCACGUGCAAGCCCUUGGGUGCCCACACACCCCAGUCACCCUUUGGAUCUUGGCCAAUCUUCACCAACUGCAGACUUAACUUUUAACCCUUUGACCACUUUGUACUCUCUUAAAAAGCUCACUUCUCUACUAGGCAGUUGAUGCCAAGGCAAAGGAGGUGAUGUGAAAGCAGAGCCCUGUAUUCCUGAACAUCACCCGUUAAAAGCUCCAAGGCAAAGCACAAAUUGCGGAGAUGCACACGAGCUGAUUUUGGGCAGGUGCGGAGAAGCUGUACUGGAAUCGUGGCAUUCUGGAACUAAAUUAAACCUUUGCACAGUAUGGUUUCCAUACCCCAAACAAAGUCUUGACUAUGUUAUUUUACAAAGAGAGGAUAUUUUUUAAAACAAAGCCUUUGCAAAAGUGCCUAAAUUUUGCCACAUCAGACUUGAAACUAUGUAACACUGAUGUCCAUAAUUGAAUUUACACCAAGUGAUUAAGCUUUCAGAUUUACAAUCAGGUUACCAAAAAUCAAGAACUUGUUAUGAAAUAACUUCUUCCCAAUUAAAGAAAUGGGUCUAAAGGUGAAAAGAUAGCAAGAUAUUCUAAUUUAACUCAAAACAGAAUAAUUGAAACUGAGUCAUUGAAAAAAACUAAUAAGUGACUUUAAUCUAGAUGACUAGGAAAAUACUGAACAAAAUGUAUGUAGAGAGAGCUUCAGUUUAAUCCAUUGUUAAUGUUGCCGUAUUUUUAAAAUCAGGUUUAAGAAGUUGUAACCGGAUUACAGCACAGAGAAAGAAACUAGUUCUUUUAACCUUUUUUUCUUUAAAAGCUUAUUUUAUGUCACAGAACUAUGAAGAUAUCUUUAAUACAGCUAUAUACAUAUUAUAUAUACACAUACAUAUAUAUGGACAAAACAGAUUUUAAUGUUUACUUUUUUAAAAACUGUGUUGAUUUACAAGGUAAUUAUAUACAUUUUCUUAAUGUAGGAGGUUUGUUUUUAAGAUUUGUUUCCUACACUGUUGUACCAAAUAUGUCACAUUUCACAUUUUAUAUGUUGCACAUAUAUCAGACAAGUACAUAGAUUUUAAAUUAUUGUUUAUAAAACAAAAAAGCAGCUGUUCUAUGGAAAUAUGUAUAAUUGUUUGAAACAUCUGGUUUUUUUCCAUGUGAACAUUAUAAAUGAUUGCAGUAUUUUAACUUAGACUUUUCAGAUUGAUUCUAAGCUACUUAGCUCUAGCGGCACUGCCAACUCAGAAAGACCAGAAGCACUAAUUGAUUUUUUUGUUAAUGAAAUUAUUUUUCAGUGUUAAUCUUGUUUUUCAAAUGUCUAAUAUCUGUUUAUAUUCAAACAAUAGCUUCAAUCACCUAAAAGAAAGGGGGGGGACAAAGAACCCAAAAUCUGGUGGUAAACAUAGUGUUUGUAAUCUUGGAUUAGUUUUAAUUUGUGAGGAAUAUGUAUUUCUUUUAUCUUUACUUGUAAAUUUUCUCAGAUGUUUAACCUAGGUUGAUAAUAUGGCCGUUUACCUACAUCUGUAGUUUGGGUUCUUUUAAAAAAAAUGCAUUUAAACAUUUGAUAGUUUAUUGGACAAUACUAAAUGGCAAUUUAUGUAUGUUGUUUAAAUAUUUAAACUGUAGAAAGAAUGUUUUAUUGAACAUUAUGUUUAAGCAAUUAUUUUCUUAGAAUCACUGCAAUGUUAUUUUCUAUCCAUUAAUGAUCAUUAUCUUUAUUUCCUCCUGAACAAAGAGAAAAAGAGAGAUCCUAUUUUUUAAAAAGAGAGUUCCACUGUAUUGACAUAUAAGUUUGUUCUGUUUCUACAUUUCUAAAAAUAUUUAUGUCAAACCACAAUCCAUCGGCUCCAAAAUAGCUGUGUUGUCUCAAUGGAGCUAUGCUGGACUAAGUGGUUUGAGAAUCACAGUUUUAAGAGCAUGAGUCACAGAGGUUGCAAAGGCAGAGAAACCAGCGGCAGCUAGAAUGAGGUCCACACUGCCCUCCAGGAGCCCUGACUAAGCUUUCAACCUGCAUUGUUUUCCCGAGUAUGUUGCAUCACCCCAUUUUGCUUCGUUCUACACUGCUUCAACAGCCUCUGGCUCUGAAGUGAUUUAUAAAAAAAAAUUAUAUUAGUAACAACAUAUAUUAAUCCACUCGCCCCUGGCACGUUCUCACUUGCAACUUUUAAAAAUCCUGCUCCUUGCAUACUGUGCCAGCCAGGGCUGGCCCAACCAUGAGGCAAGGCAAGGCAAGAUCCAGCCUCCAAGGAAUUCAUCGCCAGCCUCUGCUGCUACAUAUGCUUUGGAGGCAGGAUCUACCCCUCUCGAGCAGCUCCCCACCCCAAUGCCACUGUAGAGGUAAUCUCAUCAAGUAGAAGGCUCUGCUAGUCUCCCACCCCUAGGGAUGAAAUGGCGGGGUCUGCCAUUUCUGGGGUGUUUUGGGCUCUGAACCAACCCCGUGUGAUUCCAAGCAUGCCCUCUCCCCCCCCCACAUGAUAACCAUCAGGUAAGUUUGAAUUGACACCGCUCGCCCCCGCCUCCAUUCCUAAUAUAAAUACUCACUCCCUCACCCCUUACUUCUGAUGUAGAAUUGUAGAGUUGGAAGGGACCACAAGGGUCAUCUAGUCCAACCCCCAGCAAUUCAGGAAUCUUUUGCCCAACGUGGGGCUUUAACCCACGACCGUGAUUAAGAGUCUCAUGCUCUCCCGAGCUAUUCCUCUCCUUACUCCUGAUGUACAACUUCAUACACCCCCUUCUUCCCUGAUGGGCAGGCAGGGCACCGUUUUGUGGUUGGCCUCAGCUGCCAAAAUGUCUUGUGCUGGCCCUGAUGUCAGCCCUGCGCUCCAGAACCGAUUCCUCCUUUAUUUAUCUGGCUUUUCACAUAGUGUUCAUUCCAGCCUCAACCUGAUGUUCUAACCCUAAAGCGAUAUACAUUUUAAUGCUUGCUUUCAGCCAUUUGGCAUCUAAACACAUGACUUUGCCCCACUGUUUGUUGCUUGCCUCAUUUUACUGUUUUCCAUUUCUACCAGAAUGUGUCCCAUCAGCAGAACUAGGAACAAAACUUGUAAUUUUCAGCUGCAAAGGAAGUCUAACCCUGUCCUUUUCAGCAAGGGCUACUUAGGAGAGCAGAAGUCAUGCAAAUGCAUUCAGAGAUACCUGUCUCUAGGACAGCAAAAUCACUGGCCCAGUCUGUACAUCACAAUAAACCAUAGUUUAAAGCAAAUUAUGGUGUAUUUGCAAGCACAUGCUGCUAAGGAGGUUUUCAGUGCUGCUUUUCUGCUGCUGCCACCCUGUGGACAAAAUAGGCAGAAUCUGCCUUGCCUUGCCAUUCAAACCCAGGUUUGUGGUUCAUUUCUCCCCCAACAAACCACUAGUGGUAAGCUAAAAACAGAUCUUGGCUGGUUUGGAGAGCAAUGACAACGAGCCCAGGUUCGGACAACACAACAAGGCUGACGCAUUGUUUGAUCCACAAUGUGGUAGGAGUGGCAGAGGAGCACCCACUAUCUCGCAUUAAACCACAGCUUGUUUUAAGCUGAGAUUUAAUGUGACAUAAUACCCAAGCCUGGUUUCCUUCUGCCCAUUCUCAACUGCACUUUGUUUAGUCUCAGUGCCUCCUGCUUUUAAUCUGUACUCAUAGUAAAGAAAGAACUAGGAUUUAAAAGAAAAAGUAUACAAGAACAUAAUUUUUUAUUUAUUUUAGAGUAGUUUUGUAGAGUACAUUGAAUCUGGAAAGAUCGAAACCUAUUUUUCUGUAUAAAUAUUAUUUGCCAAAACUUCAUUUAUAUUUUGGGAAAGAAUGUCUAACGAUGGUAAAUCGACCUUACAUUGGUUUGUUGUUGUUGUUGUUUUUAAUACUCAUUUGAAGCAACCAUGAAAUGGGCCAAUAUAGUCAACAAGUACUGAAGUCGAGACAUAAUUUCAAGUGUCUUGGGAUGUCUCUGUGUUUUCUGUAAGAGCACUUCACCAAAAUACCUUAAUUUGCCCAUACAGAAUGAUCAAUGGUGAGAUUUACACUGCAUCCUUUGCUAACAGUUAAAUAAAGCCCUUCUCUUAUUCCAUGUACUGUAAUUAUUUAGGAGCCUGAUUUAAAUACUCAUUUAUGAGUUUGUUGAAAUAUUAUUUAAUUACCCAAUGUGCAACCAUGGAAAUAAAAAGAAGCAUUUUAAAAUGA